GCCAGUCUUGAUCCGCGCGUUGUUCGUUACGUACAUAUUAUAGUGAUUAUAUUGUAUCAAGUAUGCUAACAGUGUACGGCGGAAUUUUGCGAGUUUUGAAUUAGUAUCCAGAGGAGCGAAGCCGGCCUCUCAAGCGACUAUAGUCUUCCCGAGGGACACUAACUUCCGACACGAUCUCGAGCCGCAACAGCGGCGGCGGCAGCGGCAUGGAGUGCGGCGUUGCGGCGGCGACGGGCGCGUUCCCGGCGCGGGCGCAUCCCCCGCACCCGCCUCACGCCGCUCACCCGGCGCUCUCGCCCACCGAGCGCUCGCCUGCUAAAGCCGGACUACACGUCAACUUUAGUGAUAAGGGCGAGGUUAAAGAGAGGCGUGAAAAAUUCCUAACAGCCAAAUAUGGGAGCCACCAGAUGGCGCUGAUCCGCAAACGUCUCGCCGUCGAGAUGUGGCUGUAUGACGAGCUGCAAAAACUCUAUGAAACCCCGGAGACGACGCCAGCUGGGGCCUCGCAGGAGGUAGAGGUGGACAUCGACGAACUGCUGGAUAUGGACAACGAUGAUCUGCGCCGGCGGCACCUCACGACAUUAUUAGCAGAUGCGAAGAAACCACAAAAAGAUGUUCAUAAAUUCAUCAACGAGCUCUUAGAAAAGGCUAAAACUCUUUAAGUGUAAGCGGAACCAAAUCUCAUAAGACGAAGAGGAGACGCGUCGCAGUUGACGGUGUGCAAUGUUGUGUUGUGAGCGCCUGAGCCGUGAUCGUGUGCUUGUAGCCUUGUACAUACCGUAGCGUACGCGCCGCCCCAGCGGUAGCCGCUAGUCGCAUUAGCAAUAAGAAUCGUAGGGUAUAAUUGAUUAGGACGACAUCGGUGUCUCGUAACGUAUUUGUAAUACAUUUAUGCUUUCACCUAACAAGGAUAGACGGAAAAUUGUAAUGCAAAAAACAUAUCAUCGUUUUAUGAAAACCUUGAGGGCUCGCGGACGCGGUGCUUGCAGUCCGACAUUCUAUCUCUAAUACGCAAUUUUAAAAUUUGUAGAUAAAACAAUGUUUUAAACCAAUCAUAUUAUUGUUUUAUUUAGAUUUUAUUAAUAAAAAUAUCGAUGAUGUUUCUUGCAAUCUCAGAAAUUGGCCUAAUUCAUUUAAAAAUAUUAUUAUUAGUAGUGAAAUGUUUUAUUACAUAAAUAGUAUGUACCUAUUGGCAUAUUCUGCUCAUGGUAUAAGUUAUUACAGAAAUUUUUUAUAAAACAAAGCUUACCAUUUCUUUAUAGAACCAAUUUUGUUUUGCAAAGGACUCGAUGUGAUGUUGCAUAUGUUGGUUUUAUUAAAUGAGUGAUACAGUCACCGAAAUAUAAAUCUUAAGUGUUUAUGUAGUUACGUAUUAUAUUUGCUCAUAAUCUUGAUCCUAAUAGGUACAAGCAAUAAAUGUUUUAAGAAUUCAGUGAAUUAAUCCAAAAUUAAAAUAUAAUUAUUUAUAAUUUAACCUGGUCUUAUACAAAAAAUAUAAUUGUCAUUUGAAUUUAUAUUUUCGACGUUUUGCUCUGUUGAAACUGAGCUCGUUAAGUUACUCGAUUAUUAGACAAUAUUGCAGUAAGUAACUAAGAAACGUUUUAACUUAAUGUAUACUCAUAAGAUUAGUAUCGUUUGCGACUUAGAAACUAGUCUGGAUAUUACUGUCAAGUGAUGAGAGACGUUUGUAAUAAAGCAAUUUAUUAAACAAAA